AUGAAGGCUGCCGCUACGACUCUGACAGCUCUGCUGUCCGCGUCUGCCACCGCGCAGUACGUUCUCAUGGACUUCGCGAAGAAGGAGCAGAACCACCUGCAGCGCCGCGCCUCCAGUGUCGAAGCCGGCAUCUCCAACCUCCUGCAGGACGGAGGCUACUUCGUUAAUGUCACAGUUGGCACUCCUGGCCAAAAGUUCUCCCUACAGCUCGACACCGGCAGCAGUGAUGUUUGGGUGCCUUCGAGCGGGUCAGCGGCCUGCCAGGCCAAGAGCGACAAACUCACACGGCCCGGCCAGAGCGACGGCUGCUCCAAGGGUUCCUUCACUUCGAGCAAAUCGACCACUUUUACGGCCUUUGACGAAGGAACAUUCCAGAUUCAAUAUGUCGACAAAAGUAGCGCAAAGGGCUCUUACUUUCUCGACACUUUCCAGAUUGGCGGUGCUACCGUCAAAAAUCUAACAAUGGGCCUUGCCGAAGAGACCGAUAUCCCGUUUGGCCUCGUUGGCAUUGGCUACAGAGGCAACGAAGCCUCAAUUCAAACAGUCGAUCAGACAUACCCCAACUUGCCAAUCGCUAUGCAGACCUCAGGCAACAUCAACACGGUUGCUUACAGCCUUUGGCUCAAUGACCUCGACGCGAGUACGGGCAGCCUGCUUUUUGGCGCAAUCGACACCGAAAAAUACCAGGGCGACCUCGCCCGGCUCGACCUUCUUUCUCGCGGCGGCCAGGUCGUCGAGUUUAACGUGGCCCUAACCUCAGUUGAAGGCCACAGUUCAUCUGGAUCUGAUUCCUUCUCCUCGACGAGUUUCCCAAUCACCGCCCUCCUCGACUCUGGCACCACCCUCUCGUACCUCCCCACCGACAUCACCCAGCAAAUCUGGCAGGAAGUCGGCGCCGCGUACGUCCAGAGCCUUGGAGUUGCCGUCGUGCCCUGCAACAUCGCGGGUACCGGCGCCUACUUUUCGUUUGGCUUUGGCGGCAGCCAGGGCCCUCGCAUCAACGUCACCAUGGACGAGCUAGUCCUCGACCAGGCCGGCGUUUCCCUGUCGAAUGGCAGACACAAGAACACUGCUGCUUGCGUCUUUGGUAUCCAGGCCCAGUCUGCUUCCACGGACGGCUCACCAAACACCUACCUGCUAGGCGACAGCUUUCUGCGCUCCGCCUACGUCGUUUACGACCUGGUGAAUAACCAAGUCGCCCUUGCCCCGACCAAACUGAACGCGACCGCCUCCAAUGUGGUUCCCUUUCCUUCCAAGGGUGCUACCAUUCCAUCGUCCACUCUAGUCGCGGAUUCCAACUCCACAACUGGUGGCAGCUCAUCCACGCCUGAUUACAAGGGCAGUUCUGGUUUCCAGAGCGCGAGUGGCGCGACCACUGUUGGUCUCUCCGCCCUGGGAUUGGUCAUGAUCUCGGUGCCGACCUUUCUCGCUAUUUUUGCCAACUCUGUAUAA